UUUUGAAUACUCAGAGGACUCUCUCUCUCUCUCUCUCUCUCGUUGAGUUACAACGAUCUUCUCCCUCAGAGCUCCUGCGAGUCCACCCGUCUUCCACACUCCAACUCCAGCCUUCCAGGUGUGGCUGGAUUGUUGUUUCUAGUGGUGAUAUGAACCCUGGAGUUGUUGGUAGAAGAGAUGCCCAGGGAGUUUCUACAACAAUCCAGGCACGGUUAUUUACUAGAGUUAAUAGAGAGUGCCAGCAAGAGCGAGUGAGAGUGAGAUUGCGUGGGUUCAGUAAGAUGGAGGUCGGUGGGUCUGAUUCUGAUGGCCGAGAAUUCAAGAAUGCAGAGGACAUGUGGAGGGAAGAGGUAGGAGACCUCCAUAAGAAGUCUGAAUGGUACAGUAAAGGCGUUGGUUAUUGGGAAAGUGUGGAGGCGUCUGUGGAUGGUGUGUUAGGUGGAUAUGGGCAUGUCAACGAGCCAGAUAUCAAAUCUAGUGAGGCAUUUCUCAAUACCCUUUUGUCUGAUCGAUUCCCAGACGGUGGAAGAAACCGGCAUCUUGUUGCGCUAGAUUGUGGUGCUGGCAUUGGGAGGGUCACCAAGAAUCUACUGAUAAGAUACUUUAAUGAGGUGAUACUCUAAUAAUAUAUAUAUAUUUUUUGAAAAACCAUUAUUUGUUUCUUUCUUCUGGUUUUUAGUGGAUUGUGCAUUCUUCUAAAA